UCUUCGCACUUCACUACAUGCCUCCAGCAAACUGGUACCCUUAAUAGCUCUUUAUAAAGACAACAGGAGAGGACACUGUCAGAUGUAGAAAUGUGCCCGGGCACCGGCUGAUAAAUAUUGUGUACACAUUCUCUACCCUCAACCUUUAUGGUUGUGAGUCUGCAAUUGGGUCUCAUUACGCAAACACGGUCACAUUGUGCAGGACGCACAGGCCUGCCAGAGUGAAACAGGAAGACCCAGUAAUAAACCAUUAAGCAUGUAUGAGACGAACUUGGCCGGCGACACAGCAUGCAUGCACAUAAUAAUAGUGUGGCUGUUAUCGGUGCAGUGAUACACACAUACACACACACACAGCUUGCCGGGAGACACGUGCUUGCAGUCACCAGGGGUUUCUUAUUCACUAAACGCGAACCAACGAGCGAAGGGGAUUUCACUUGAGUUUUUCUCCAGAAACCGGGCCAAAGGGAUGAUUCACAAUUUCCUGUUCCUGUUCUACAUGCGUAGUUCCCCUCCGUUGCUCUCAGCAUGGCCGUAUCUUCAGAGCACUUUGUUUCUUUCUUGUUUUCCUCUCUGAUUGAAACGCGAGUCUGAUUGGACACCACUUGAGAUCCAAAUUGGCCCACAGCAUGCACACUGUAACUCCCACACUGCUGUCUACACGCGUACAGCCCCAUUGGAUGGUAAUGGAGUGUCAAUCACUAUUCUAAACUGAUCUCUGGAUUGCGUGGAUGUACCGAGCGUAGAGGUCUCCUCCGUGGGUGAACCACUGCAGUCCAGUACCCCUUGCAAGGCCCUGCCAGUCAGGGCAGGGGUGCUGGCAGCACAUCAUUGUCCUCAGCAUGGCUGUCGUUGCGUCCAAGGCCCUGAGGACAGAGGACAAUUUUUUGCUACGCUACCGCUGCAGGAAACGACCCGGAGGCUCUCGUGGGCCUCAUGAUGAAACAGCUCUCAGCAAAGGGAUCAUCUACCCAGCUGCAUAUCUGGGGUCAACGCAGCUGGUCACUACCAAGCAGCCCACCAAGAAAGUACGCAUGCAACAGGCGCAGGAGGCUGUCAACAGAAUCAAGACACGUAUUCGGAGAAGAUGGAAUAAGGCCCCAGAAGGCGAGGAGCAGCCCAGCACAGAGGUGGACCUGUCUAUCUCCAAUGAGAAGAUCAAAGUUCUCAAUGCGGACACACAGGAGACGAUGAUGGACCAUCCCUUGAAGACCAUUUCCUACAUAGCGGACAUUGGUAACAUCGUGGUCAUCAUGGCCAGACGGCGAGUGACCAGGACUCUGGACGAAGCCAUGGAAGACAGUGGUAUGAUGGUGGACUCCGAGGGCAGGCGACAACCUCGCAAAAUCAUCUGCCAUGUCUUUGAAACAGAAGAUGCUCAGCUGAUAGCUCAGACCAUCGGCCAGGCCUUUGCCAUGGCCUACCUGGAGUUCCUGAAAGCCAACGGCAUAGAAGACCCCCAUGUCAAUGAGCUAGACUACCAUGAUGUGCUGAACUCCCAGGAGAUCUACGGUGAUGACCUCAUGCUCUUCUCUAACAAGGAGUGCGAGAAGGAGGUCCUGAUUGAGAAGGAGCGAGGUGAGAUCAUGGGCGUGGUCAUCGUGGAAUCUGGGUGGGGCUCCCUCAUCCCCACCGUUGUCAUAGCCAAUAUGUCCCAGUUUGGGGCGGCGGCACGCUCCGGCAAACUCAACAUCGGCGACCAGGUCAUGUCCAUCAACGGCAUCAGCCUGGUGGGCCUUCCACUGGCACAGUGCCAACAGAUGAUUAAGUCCUUGAAGAGCCAGAGUCUGGCCAAGUUCAACAUCGUCUCCUGUCCACCGGUAACCCAGGUCCUCAUCAAGAGACCUGAUACGAAGUACCAGCUGGGAUUCAGCGUACAGAACGGCAUCAUCUGCAGUUUAAUGCGAGGUGGUAUCGCCGAGAGGGGUGGGGUCCGGGUAGGGCACCGAAUCAUCGAGAUCAAUGGGGCCAGCGUUGUAGCUACGGCACAUGAGAAAAUUGUCGAGAUGUUGUCCACGUCGGUUGGGGAGAUUCGUAUGAAGACAAUGCCGCUCUCGAUGUACAAGCUACUAACGGGACAGGAGCAGCCAGUCUAUAUCUGAGAGAAAGGAACUCUCAUAAUCGAAUGGAAA